GUUAAUUUAGGAUUUGGCUAUAAAUAUAAGUAAAAGUAGCGUGAGAGGAAGUGACGGAGGUCAACUUGUUCUAAUCUCUUCCUUUUGUUCAAUCAUUUAUCCUCGCCGUCACUUCCACCGUCGCUGGCGUCAUGUUCUAGAAGACUUCUAUUUCUCAGCUGGAUAUGAUUCAACAAGGUAUAGAUUCUAAAUUUUGUGAGCAUAGUCUGAGCAAUUUUAAAAUGGACUUGCCUAAUCGUGAUAAACAACUGACUGUUGCUGUGAAGAAGACAGCAUUGAGAGAUGUGCAGAAUGAUAAUAAAAUUGUGGUGCCAACUGCUGUUGGAAGCUCUUCAUUUUUAAAGGAUAAGGAUCCUGGUAUUGAUUCUAAUAAAGUUUCUGGCACCAAGAGACCCUCAUCUGACUACCCAGUGAAUCACCAUCUCCAACAAUCUCCAAGCAGUAAUGCUGCUAAUGGACAUCUUGUGUAUGUACGUAGAAAAUCAGAAGCAGAAUUGGGAAAGAGCACUGCUUUUGAAAAUCCAAGUAUUAAUGCUUAUUGUCCACAUUCCAGGCAACUUUGCUGUGAAGAGCAGACUGCUCAACCAAAAUCUCAGAUAGGGGAACCACCUCAGAUAAAGGAACCAAAGGUUUCUAGUUUUCCUGCAUUUUCACCUUUUCCUCUAGCUUCUUCAAUGAACUCAUCUGGAAAGCCUUCAGUUUCUAUUUCUCUUGGGAAGUCUGCCACAAAGUUAGCACAAGUUGAGUCCAGUUAUGUGAUAGCUUCUUCUGGCCCUACUACCAUUGGUAAUCCAAAGGGAUUAAAAAAUUUGCACUGGGAGGAACGAUACCAACAAAUGCAGAUGUUUUUGAGGAAAUUGGACCAAUCAGAUCAAGAAGAUUAUAUCCAAAUGCUUCAAUCCCUGUCCUCGGUUGAACUUAGCAAACAAGCUGUUGAGUUAGAGAGGAGAUCAAUUCAGCUUUCAUUGGAGGAAGCUAAAGAAUUGCAGCGUGUUGCUGUUUUAAAUGUUUUGGGAAAAUCAGUGAAGAAGUUCAAAGUGCCAGCAGACCAUGACGAAUAAUCAGACAAGUUGAAGACAUCAACAUUAUCUUCCUGCCCUUUCGUCUGCAGUAAAUUUCCACAGGCAGUUAAAUUUUUCUGAUUGUUUAUUGUGGCUAGUGUUUAUGCUGAUUGCUUUAUAAUGUUCUGGUUGACUAAGAAAGUGUCUAACACCUCUAUGUUUAUGAAAAUAAAAAACGGGGAUUAAUUGCCACCUAUGCUUUUUGUAGGCUACCCUUGUUUCUUUCUGACCAUCCUUGCAGUUCAUCAGGAAUUGCAUUCUCUGUAUAUAUGGAAAUAUUGGGUCCUUACCGCAGGAUGCAGU